AUGCUAAAGGUUGUUACAGUUGAUCAUGUAAACAUUGCAAAAGAGGAUUCAAAUUUAAAGUUAUGGCAUUAUCGCUAUGGUCAUUUGGGAAUGGACAAUGUAAAUAAGUUGAUGAAAGGUGAAAUGGUUCAAGGAAUGGACUGUGUGAUGGACGGUGAAAGUGAUUCAGUUUGUGAAGGAUGUAUAAUGGGUAAACAACAUCGAACAAAGUAUCCAAGUGGAGUGGCGAAGCGUGCAACAGAACCUUUCGAGUUGGUUCAUAGUGAUGUCAGUUAAUUCCAUUGGUCCGAUGUCAGUUAAUUCCAUUGGUGGUUCUAGAUAUUUUGUCACAUUUAUUGACGAUUACACGAGAUACACUUAUGUUUACUUUAUCAAGCAUAAAGAUGAAGUGUUGGCAAAAUUUAAAGAAUUUGUUAACUUGGCAACAAACCUCACUGGUAAGAGUGUUAAAACGUUACGUACGGACAAUGGUGGCGAGUAUUGUUCAAAGGAAUUUGAAUCAUUCCUUAAAGAGAAAGGAAUUGUACAUCAGUUAACUGUUCCCUACAAUCCAGCACAGAACGGUGUGUCGGAACGAAUGAAUCGCACUCUAGUAGAAUCGGCAAGGUCUAUGAUGUCACAUGGGAAGACGCCAGUUGAAUUCUGGGCUGAAGCCAUCAAUACUGCAGUAUAUCUGAGAAAUCGUAGUCCAACUACAUCCCUUAAAGAAAUAACACCUUAUGAAUGUUUGUUUAAACAAAAGCCAGAUGUUUCCAACCUUAGAGUUUUUGGCUGUGAGGCGUUCGCUCACAUCCCACAAAAGCAACGCAAGAAAUUUGAUGAAAAGUCUCGGAAAGCUGUAUUCAUUGGCUAUCCUGAAGGGACAAAGGGUUAUAAACUUUAUGAUCCAUCAACUCGAAAGUUUAUCCGCAGUAGAGAUAUUGUAUUCGUGGAAGGGAAAUUUCAUGAUUUCAAAGACGGUUGUUCAGGGAAAACGUGCACCGAUUUUUAUAUCCCAGUAGAUGAUGAUAUUCCUCAAGUAGAAAUUCAAGAUGUACCAGCUGUUGUUAUUGAAGGUGAUCAUAAUGAAUUAGUUGAUGAAGAGAAUGAACGGGAAGAAGUUCAUGUUCAACCAGUGGGAGCAACAUGAGGAGAACUUUAUGAGAGAGACUGGAAAUCUAGGUGAUAAGAGACAGCGUAAAGCUCCUUCUAGAUUUGAUGACGAAUGUUAUGUUGCAGUUAAUCUUACAGCUGAUAUAAAUGAACCUGUACAUAUUCAAGAAGCAUGGACAGGAGAUCAUUCUGUUGAGUGGAAAGAAGCAACAGAUUCUGAGUACGAAUCACUCAUGAAGAAUGAUACUUGGGAACUUGUACCACCUCCUAAAGGAAAGAACAUUGUUGGAAGUCGUUGGGUGUUUAAAGUUAAACAUACGGCAGACGGUUCGGUUGAAAGAUUUAAGGCUCGAUUAGUCGCGCAGGGAUAUUCGCAAUCUCAAGGAAUUGACUAUCAAGAAAUCUUUUCACCUGUGGUGCGUUAUACUUCAAUUAGAUCCUUAUUAGCUGUGGCAAAUAUUUGUGAUUAAUUGGGAGAUUAGCCAAAUGGAUGUCAAGACAGCUUUCCUACAAGGUGAACUAGACGAAGUAAUUUUUAUGAAGCAACCCGAAGGUUACGUAGAUCAAGAAAGGCCUGAUCAUGUGUGCAAGCUAAAUAGAAGUAUUUAUGGCCUAAAACAAGCUGCACGAUGUUGGAAUUCUGCUAUUGACACUUUCCUGAUAUCAAAUGGGUACACAAAGUCGAAUGCAGAUCCAUGUAUAUACAUCAAGUCCAUCAAGCGCAAGAAUGGAAAGAUUGACUUUGUUAUACUAGCUCUGUACGUUGAUGAACACAGAAAUGCUGAAGAAAGAGAAAGAAGCACUAGCUAAAAGAUUCCAAGUAGAAGAUAUGGGAGAAGUAAAUUAUGUUCUUGGUAUGUCUGUGAAGCGAAAUCGUGAAGCAAGGACACUAAUUACUAUUAACCAGCCAAAGUACUUGGAAGGAGUACUGAAGAGAUUUGGAAUGCAGGAGUGUAAAGCGCUGUUUCAACGCCAUUGGAACCAGGGAGGAAAUUUGAAUCAUUAUCAGAGAAUGAUACACCAAUUGAUGUUCGAGAGUAUCAGAUGGCAAUAG